AUAUAUCGGGGGAGCCAAGUGCUGGAAUUGGGAAGUUCAAGUGUUUUGUUUUUUCGCGAUGGAAACAUGACACGACGCCAAAUCGGUUGUCGUCUCACAGUUUGGUUUUGAUUUCCAAUCGAUUUUCCCGCCCUGUUUUAUUUUCGAGUAUUUGUGAAUAGUGCCAAUGUCUGUGCGUGUACCGUUAACGAGAGGGGGUCCUUACGGAUCAUCAGCUCGUCGAAGCUUUCCGUUUGUUCACAUUCUUUUUUCUCCUGCAAGAAAUCCUUACUAAUGGUGCGCGAUGAGGGAAAUUCCGUCGUGAAAGACGAGCUGACUACGCCGGGAGAAAUGGUGUCACAUUAAAGUGGUUCAUCUUUUGUCGUUCGAUCGCGAAGAAGAAAAACGAAGAAGACGAAGCAAUAGAGGGUCCCUUUGGGGAAGUGUGAAAUCUUGAGCCGGAAUGAAUCUGCAUAAGCUGAGCAAACGUCACUCGAUUCAUUCGAUGCAGCAGCAGCAGCCACCAGCAUCGUCGACAGGAACUGCAACAGGACGACAAGCGGAUGAGUUUUCCGGCGCUGAUGCGACGACUUCCGGUGGCAAGCAGCAACAACAGCAGCAGCAGCGGAAGAAGGGAAAGUUUAGGCUCAAGGAACGUUCCUGCUCGUCGGUCCGGGAGCGCUUCGUAAACGAUCCGGCAUACACGGAGGACGUGCGCCACCUAGCGCUGCCGAUGCGCCGCAACAGUGGCCCCGAGCACCACGGCGCGGCCGGUGCGUCCUCGCGCCGGUUCUACACGAUGCCCAAAAAGAAGUCCAACUCGGUCGGGAAGGACUACCUGCGGAGUAGCAGCGGUUCGCGGGGCAGUCGCGAGUUUUACACGGUAGAUGUGACGGCGGAACUGGCCAGGGUGACGAACACCCCGGAACCGGUCGAUCAGAGCAAUGUGCAGGUUAAGGUGAGAAGGAAGAAGUACAACAAUCACAACAGUUCGGCGGAGAUGUUACGUUUCAACGAUGAGUCGAGCAGUUCGGACAAUUUGAGACAUAGCAAGAGUUCGACGCUGGAGCGGCGGGGCAGGAGUUUAGAUCGGAGGGGGUUGGGGGAUCGUGAACCUACGGGGUGGUUUCAGCGAGAAGGGUCCAGGAAGGAAGUGGAGGAGGAGGAAAGAACACGUGGUAGGAAUAGGAACGUUAUGAGGAGGCAGAAUGCUGCGGGGUCGACUACUCCGGAUUCGGCAAUGCAGCAAGAGGAUGAAGAUGCGAUGUACAGAGCGGCAAAGGUGGCUGCUCAAGCCGCGGUUGCAGCUGGGGAAGACGUCAAGGAAAGCAAGAGCAAGUUUCAAAUUGGAAAGCGAUUCUUGAAAGGGGAAAUUGGUAUCAAGAGUUUCAACUAUUACCUGUUGAAGGAAGGAUUGAAAUCUUCCAAGAAGAAUCUGCUGAAGCAGAAGUCGGCACCGGUUGAAGUGGUUGAGGUGGUGCAGCCAGUGGUUGUAGCAGUUCCUCAGGAACGAAGACCUUCUGGCUUGUCAAAGAGCGAGGAAAACAUCUAUGAAGAGAUUUACUUUGAAGAGAAGCCCGGAGAUUCUAACGACGAGAAAAUUCAGUUCAUCGAUUGUGAACUAUGUGUGCAAGAGUGCAACAACAGUAACUGUGAGGUUUGCCACAGCCGUGUUCCAAAGCACAAACUGCAGCAACAUCAUCACCACCAGCAGCAUCAGCAGUUGCCACUUCCACCACCACCACAGGUUCCGAAACCGUCGGUGGAUAAGCAGAACAUCUACGAGCAACUGAAGCAGAUACCACUACCGGGAACGCCUGGCCCUCCGCCUCCGUAUCAAGCGGUUGAGGGUGGUGAUCUGAGUAGCGUUUACCAGUCGUCAUCUUCGAUGACGUACGGCUCAAGUCCCGGUAAUGUACUCCAGUACCAGUCAUACAAUCCGAAAAAUCCUAACGUGUUCAAAAUCGAAACAACUCCAGUUGCGUUCAGCUGUGACUACAACCCGAUACAGCAAAUAUACUAUAAACCAGGUUACGGAAGCGUCCAGCAGCAGCAGCGUCCGCAGCACAUCUACCAGCGGCCACAUAACCUCACGUCAAGCUCCCAAUCCGACUUUUACCAAGAGGUGAACAGGAAGAAAUCAUCAUCCUCGUCGGAUUCGCUGCAAGCUCGAAUGCAGCGUGAGCUGUACCAGCAAGCCAGUCUGUACUACUACCAACAGGCUCAGAAGCAAACGGGCGCUGGUUCCGGUGCCAAUCCCUCGGACCCCUCCAAGAUCUAUAAAACUAACUCGAACGCCUCAAUCCUUAGCGAAGCGUCCGCCAAGAGUGAAAACUCGCUCAAGCAUCCGCAGCGUACCGGAAACAUGUCGGACUCCUCCCUGGGAGAUUCCCUGUUUUCCUAUCCGGCAAACCGACGCUACUUUGGAAGUUCGGAAAGCUGUCGCUUUGCCUCCGAGUGCCGCCGCUGCAGUCUGGAUGUGGACAAGUGCAGCUACUCGGACACAUGUCGGUACGACUGCCGCAAUUGCGACUGUUCGUCGAGCUACUUUUCGUCGGACUUUGACGAUCCGGCUGCUGGAGGGCGAAAGAGCGGUUCGCGACAGGAUAACUACGGCGUUCCGGCGUACGCCGAGGACUUUAUGAAGCACGUGAACAACGUUAAGCGAAAUCAGCUUGGUCAGCAGAAGCAAACCGCCAGCGGUAAAAUCUACGAAACUCCAACGACUUAUGCCGGGGUAUCCAAGAAGACUCACCACGAGCAUACCUAUGAAACGUUGAAGAAUAAUGUGAUUCUGUACCAACAGCCCUACAAAUCCACACCAAAAUACGAAGAAAGCAGCAGGCUUUCCAUUAGUCAAAGCCAUGAGCUUCUGUUGAGUCCCUCUAGAUCAAAAAUCCCUCUUGAGUCACGGUACUCCCUUGGAGGAGGUCCCCCAUCCACCGCCAUAAGCCGCUACGGCUACGCCAAGUCCUCCAGCACCCUUCCGGCUGCAUCAUCCUUCGCAGCCAAAACUAGAAGCACCGAGUUCUUCCCGCAAGCCGGAUCCCUCCCGAAAGCAACCCUCUCCAAGCUGAACCACGACUACGCGGAAAUCGUUCAACUCCCAACCCCCGCCGCCCCUCCCAAGGACCCCAAACGGAGCUCGAACGUCAAAUAUACCGCUCCACAACCCCCGAAACCUGCGACAACGCCCACGACCCGUCGCCAAGCUCCGCCCAUCCCGGCAAAUCCACCGCUUGCCAGCGACCCCCUCGAGACCCGAUCUAUCGGAGGAGGUUCCGACCGGGACAAGUCCCUCCCGCGCAAAGAUCGUGCCGACUUUGAGAAAAGCAAGCGGGGAGCGGCGGCGGCAGUUGCGGCUAGUUUACAGGAUCAGCCGCAGGAAAAGAAGGAGCCGAAGGAGCAACCGGUGCAACAACUGACGGUGGCCACGGCGAAGAAGGAAAAGAAAGAAAGACGGCAUCCGGCCAGGAAGAAGGUGGAGGACGACGGGAACUUUACCGACGACGAAGACGAUGAGGUGUUUCUGAGUGAGAGGAGCAACGAGAAGCUGAGGAGUGCGCGGAAAGAGAAUCCACCGAAAGAGCAAACCACAACAAACGCGGCUGCCGUUGCCGGUUCGGCGGAGCCGAGCUCACAACCACCACCAAGGCAGCAACCAAAACAAACCGUGAGUUCCACCACCCCCCAGAGGAACUCACCCAAUGAAAGCGAGAGUUUGCGCACUUUGGCGGCGGCACCGUCCGAGCGCGCGAGUGACCGGAGAGUGAGUGACGGCGGCGGCCCAUCGAAGAUCGCCAAAACAGCAGACGCGCUGCUCAGUUCCGAUCUUGCCGUCCCAGGUGAAACAUCGGCGCGUCUGACGGUUCCGGCGUCCGACCAGGCUGUCCCUUCGAACAGAUUCGACGAGAAAAGCUCCCCAGCGGCAAGUGCCUCCCCGUCGCGGUCCCCAUCCGCCACCAGCGUAGCUUCCGGCAAGGAUAAUCCCCCGCCAGUGGAACAAGACAACAAUGCCGGUGAACCUGAAGCUAAGGUCGUCGAUGGUGAAGCCGAAGCCGAUAAAUUAGUUACCAACGAUGAAUCCGGUGAACUCGAGCUCGACUUUCCGCUGCCGGAGAUUCCCGUGAAGCACGAUCUGGGAACGUCGUCGGACGCCAGCUUUCGGACUGCGACGGACAACGACACUGCGACAACUACGACGACCACCACCGGGGAUGAUGUGAGGAGAUCUCCGAAGGUCUCGAGUAGGAACAAAGACAAAUCGGGCGCCGAAGAGAUGCACUAUCGAAAUCCAAACGACCCCAAACCGACGUACCUGUUUGGGGAAAAUCUCAAAAAGAAUGAAAUCUUCCUCAACAAAUCGGGCUGGGUGCAGGUCAGCCAGCCUUCGCAACACCCAGGAGGACCCGGCCCGCAGCGAGGGUCGGCCGUCCGGGCCAAAUCACUCCAGUCCGAGUUGAUGUCCGGUGGGCCAAAGGUCUCCCGGAGGUACAUCGAGUACGACGAGAAUCGCUACGGCAGGGGAACCAAAAUUGAAGAUCUCAUCAACCGUAACGAAGCCCGACGGAGUCAACUGCAGAAAAUCCAAAGACAGGACAAUGUGACCAUCCUAAAGAUCGACCCCCAACAUCCGGGCGGUCGUCCGGAAUGUCUACCAAUCAAACGGAACCUGGCAGACAACUCACCACCUCCGGUAACCCCAAUUCUGUCACCACCACCGGCCUUCCAAGACUCCAAGUACAAGACGCGCCUCAGCGAUAUCAAACCUGGCACCAGGAUCUUCCUGUCCGUCGUGGACAACGAGAACCGCAACCCCAAAGGAAUGGUCUUCUCGCGCAGCUUCGAGUACGACCUCCGGCAACGGUACGCAGCCGGAUCUUCCUCCCAACACCAAAACCCCCCGCAACAACAACAACAAACGCAAAAGCAAUCCUACUCGGACUUUUCCAAAAGUUUCGACUUUGAAUCGUCCCGCUCAGCGGCCAUGCCCAAAACCACGGACCAACCCUUCAUCCGGCGGAACCGAUCGCCGACCUUCGCCACCCUCACCGGCAACUCGCCCAACUACCUGACCAAAAAGGAAAAGCCGAAAGACCCCUCGCCAGUCUUCCCCAAGUCCAUCCCCGGCACCGGUCUGCCCAACUCCGGUGGGUACGAACCUCUGAAGCGGUUCGGUGACAAGAACAAAUCGCUCGACUCGAUGAUGUCUUCCAGUGGGAUGGCGGGAGGAGGAGGUGGCCGUUCGCGGCGGUCACAGUUUUCGACCAAGGCCAACUCGACGCCCGGGCUGCCCACGUACGGAAGCAGCUUCCGGUCCGAUUCGGUGGGCAACACGCGGCUCAACUCCUGUGAUAGUGGAGCGAGAUCGGAUUACUCCAACGACGGCGUCGAAGACGACGACGACGACGAAGAGGACGUCAGCGAGGACCAGUCCUCCUCGCUGGCGCUCAGCUACAAAUCAACCACCUCGUACAUGAACCAAAUGAAGGGCCGAGCAGCUGCGGCCGCCAUGUACAGCUCCAGUCAACAGCAACAACAACAACUUCAGCAACAGCUAUCCGGUUCCGGCAACACGUUAACGGCUCACGCCGCCCUGAAGCCGCAACGCUCGCUCACUCCGGAACGGCUGUACGACAACGACGACUACGAAAGCAUGCGAAAUCUGAAGAAACAACGCUCGCUAACGCCGGAAAAGCGGUCCCGAACGCCGGACGAUCGACCCUCGAAGGCGGCCACCGCACGUGGCAAGGGUGAAAUCAACAGCUCGCAGUCAUCGCUGGUCUCACGGCAAAGUUCCGGCUCGAGAAGCAGCACGCUGGAGCGACGGUACGACGAGGCUUGCAUGAGUCGAAGUACGUCGAGCUCUAGUUACAGCGGUGACGAAGCUCACACCUCGUCAUACCGAAGGAGUCAGCUGAGGGGAGGUUCCGGAGCGAAUUUGCGGCCAGGGAAUGUCGGUGGAGAUUACAAAAUUCGAAGAUCGAGUUGUACCGCUAGUUCCUGUGACUUUUGGCCACACUGUGGCGCGGCCACGACGCCGCAAACGCUGACGGUCGUCGGCCACGGCCAGUUGACAAAGUCGGGUAGUGAGAACUGUUUGAACAGACGAAGUCUCGUGGUUGGUGACAUUGUUCCUACCGGUGUUAGUAGUGCAGGUGGUGCUGGUUCAGGUGAAGUGAUUGUAAUCAGCGGUGGAAGCCGCGGUGCCACGAUGGUCCCCGUCAAGGCCAACAGUUACGGGGGCACGAGCGGGCACGCCCCGCUCCGCAAGCAGCAGAACGUCGAAAUCCACGACCGGGAUCUGCCGGCGGUGCUCGGAACACCGCGCUAUCUGUACGGAAUGACCUCGGCCAAGGCAAACUCGAUAACGUUCCUCGGCGAGCACGAGAUGCCGAUCACGCGGGAUCCGACCCAACAGCUGACCGGCGGCAGCAACAAUCGUCAGGACUCGACCACUUCCUCCAGGAGAUCCCGCGACGGGAACGGAGGAAGCAGCAACAGUAGCGUGAAAAGCAAUAGCAGCAACAACUACAAAGUUAGUCGAAGUCCGAACAACCGCAGGCACGGAUCGAACGGAAGUGGUGGCUCGGGAUCGGCGGUGGCGUCGUCGGGAAAGGGGGAAGUUGUGGCCGUGGCGGCGGCGUCCACGGCUUCGGUGGAGAAGACUGGCUCUGGAAGCGAUGGGCGUGAUAGGAAAGCAAGCAGCAAACCAUACUCGAUGAGGCCCCGUUCGGCGUCUAUCAAGCGGAAGUUCGAGAUGAAGCUCAAAAGUCGCUCGCUGCCAAAGUCCUUCAUGCGCCACAGGUGAGUGUUUGCUUUUAGA